AUGCGCGGGGGUUACGGCGCGCCGGGGAGGGGGAACGAGGAGUGCGUGUACGGGGAAGACGAGGAGGGGGAGGAGGAGGAAGGCCGGGAACGGAGCUUGCGCGCGGGGAUACUGAGAGGCGCGGCGGCGCUGAGAGAGCGGCAAGCGGGCUCGUCGGACGACGGCGCAAGCACCUCCCCCACGUCGAUAGGCUCCCCCGGGGUUCUGCCCGCGGGUGGCGGAGGAUUAGGGGCCGUUGGCGGGGGAUCUGAGCCGUCGAAUCGUCCGAGCACGGCGAGCAGCACCAGCAGCACCAUGAGCGGCGGCGGCGGGGGGUUCGGCGGAGGGUUUGGCGGAGCGGGGAGUAGCAGCAGCAGCAGCAGCACGGGGGUGACGGUCAUCCGCGGAGUUAUGGCGGGCGGGUCUGUGGGUAGAAGCGGGGGAACAACCCUAGCGGGGAAGCAGGUGGUGAUUCGGAUUCGACCCAGAGGCGGCUCCAUAGACGCGUCGCACGGAGUGGGUUCCACCAGCAGCGGCGGCGGCGGAGGCGGCGGAGGCGACGGCGGCGGCGGCGCGGACGUAGGCAGUGGCGCGGCGGCAGCGGGUUUCACGGCGACGGUGACGGCUGUGCUUCCGGCAGGCGCGGGGUCCCCCCGUUCCCCGUCCAGCGCGCGCAGACGGGAGGCGGGGGGGGCAAGCACGCCUGGCGCGGGCGGAGGGAGGCUAGAGGGGGUAGGUAGGCACACAUUCGCAGCAGGUAGCACAGGCGGGGACGCUGCUGCGGAAGGCGGGUAUUCCCGUGAGGCCAACCUCACUCUCCCUGGCAAGCGAACCGACGCCUCUUCCGAGCCUAGGUUCAAAGGUGUGACGCGGCUAGGCUCGGUGGCGGCUGCCGAAGCAGCAGCCGCGGCAAUCGCGGUGGCAGACGCGGCGGCUGUAGCGCAGGCGGGGAAGGCGGGGUGGGAGCCGCCUCUCAGCCCCACAGGGGUGCCUGUCAUCCCCCCGGAGGGCCGUCUGAGCAGCGAGGGAGACGUUUUCCUUGAGUAUCUGCGGAAGGCGGGCGAGGGGAGGGCAGCUGCGCAGUAUGAUGUUGCCGUGUGCUACGGCGGGGGCUUUGGCGUGAAGCAGGAUAAGUCCCUCGCCGCGUACUGGUUCAGAAAGGCGGCGGAACAGGGGUUGGCGCGCGCACAGUACGCCCUAGCAGAGUGCUACGAGACAGGCGCGGGCGUGGAGAGAGACGAAGAGGAGGCGUUUCGGUGGUUCUUCCGGGCGGCAAGCUUCGGCAGCGGGAAGUACCUGGUGAAACUGGGGCUGUGCUUUGAGCGGGGGUUUGGAGUGACGGAGUGUCCCGUAGCAGCGCUGUACUGGUACCACAAGGCGGCGGAGCAGGGGCCCAAGUUUGCCGCGCAGGUGGAGAAGCGCAUGGAGGUGCUGCAGCGGCAGCGGGAGGAGGAGAUCAUGAGCGCGCGCGGGGAGGGCGUGCCGGUGGAGUGUAUUUGUCCGUUGACGGGGAGGGUGAUGGAGGAUCCUGUGGAGCUGCCUGAGACGGCCGUGUGCUGUGAGCGCGCCCAGGUGAAGACGUUCUGGGACCACUGCGAACUGCGUUGCCCCGUUACCAACCAGCGUAAUCGGCAGGCGGAGCAGGAGGCGCUACAGGGGCCACUGGGGCCUCCAAUACAAGCCGCUCUCUUUCUCCCCCUCCCUCCCUCCCUCUCCCCUCCCCUCCCCUCCCCUCCCCUCCCCUCCCCUCCCCUCCCCUCCCCUCCCCUCCCCUCCCCUCUCUCUCCCCCCCUCCAGCGCAAGCGGCAGGGGGAGCAGGAGGCACUACAGGGGCCAACGGGGCCUCGGGCGUCCACCUGUCAGGCAGUGGUCAGCGAUGAGUGGGGGGCGGAAGGGGAAGAUGAGAGGGAGCACGGCAGGGCUUAUGGGCCGCACGAGGAGGAGGACGAGGACGAGGAGGAAGGGGAGGAGGGUGUGGGGGAUGGGGUUGGAGAGAGGAGGAGGAGGGGGGAGGAGAGGAGGGACAGGCACAGUGAUAGUGACACUGGUUCGUCGUAUGUUAGUGAUGAGGAUUAUGAUGAUGAUUAUGAUGAUGGGGAGGAGCGGAGGAGUUACAGGCACAAGAAGAAAACGUAUGAUGAUGAUGACAAGUAUGAUGACGAGGAUAAGGAUUAUACUUCUAGUGAGUACGACAGCAGCGAGGAUAGAUCGUCAGACAGCGAGGGGUACAGGGAGGGGGGAGGCAGGGAGAGGAGCAGGAAGGGGGCAGACCGUAGGAGUAGUAGCCCUAGGAAGGGGUCAGGGAGGGGGCGGGGUAGCAGCAGCAGGGGGAGAAAGGAUGAAGGUGGGUCUGAAUACAGUGACAGUGACUAUAGCCGUAGUGACUCUGACGAGGGGGAAGGCGACGAGGCGGGCAAACAUGGCAGGGGCAGGUCCGGCCGAGUGGCGGACAGGAGCAGCCGAGACACGAGCUUUAAGUCAAGAGAGGGAGACAGUGAGGAGGGCGAGGAGGGAGAGGAGGGAGAGGAGGUGGCAGUGGGCCGAGCGUUGGCGCAUGAUUCAUCCCGCGACCUGUCUCACAGCUACAGCCGUGGCUCCUCCUCCCGCGCGUACAGUGAGAGCGUGCCAUCUGAGCCGUCCAUGCGGCGAGAUGCGUCCCUGGAUGAGCCGGGGAGAGUCAAGGUGUCCAUGCCCCGCGGUGGGUCCGUUGGUGGGUCUGUGAGAGGGGAGGGUGUUGUGAGGAACGAAGGGUACUUGUCUGGUGAGGAGGACGGAGACGGGGGCGAGGGGCUUGGUGUGAGAAAAGGCGAGGAGGAAGAGGGUGAUGAGAGGGAAUGGAAGGGUGAGGAGCUGAAGGGAAGUGUGGGCGGAGUGGGAGUGGGUGAGGUUGAGGGGCUGGGGAUUGGUGGGGUUCAGACGGGGGAGUCAGGAGAAGGGUUGGAAGCGGAGGGGUGGGAGGAGGAGGAGGAGGGGGAGGGGGAGAAGAGGGAUCCGACGGAGCUGUUGCUGGAGGAGCUGGCUCAGGCCGAGCUGGACUAUGGCUUCCCCGGGGCCAAUGUGAGUCCGAGCACGGUGAGUCGGUGGAACAGCACGCGCGAGGACAGCCUGCAGGCCGUCAAGAGUGUUGUGGCCGAGGCGGAGCCAGUGAUCGACUGUGGGCCGCGGUGGGCCCUCCUCGCACGGUACCUCGAGGUGCUGGAGAAGCUGCUGCUCGUCUUUGAGGUGCCUGAGUCUUCUUCAGAAGUCUACUUCCCCCUUGUCCCCCCUUGUCCCCCCUUUCCAUCCCCCCCCUGGCAGGCGGAGCCAGUGAUCGACUGUGGGCCGCGGUGGGCGCUGGCACGGUACCUCGAGGUGCUCGAGAAGCUGCUGCUCGUGCAGCGGGAAGCUGCGCAGAACCUUCUGGGGUCGUGCGCGGGCGGCACAGGCGGCUCGGGCAGGGGAGCGGGCGAGGGCGAGGGCGAGGGGGAGGUGUGGGAGGCGGUGGAGGCGUUGGAGGGGCUGUGUGCGCGGGGGGUGCAGCAGCUGCUGGACGACUUCAGGGCCGCGCUGCUCGCCUGCAGGUACGUCUGCUCAGCAGCGGCGGCUGUGUGUGUGUGUGCGGGGGGUGCAGCAGCUGCUCUGCUCGAUGGCUUCACGGCCGCUCUCCUCUCCUCGCCUGUAGCAGAGCUGCACGAGGCGGCAGCGGCGGCAGCAGCCCACUCCUCCCGCUCCUCCUCCUCCGCCCACCAGGUCCCCGCGCACGCGCCCCCCGCCUCCUCUCCCUCCACCUCCGCCUCCCCCGCCCCUGCCGUCACCACCCUCUCCUCCAAGUCCGGCCCGCUUCCCACCUCCACUGCGAAGACCAAGGGGCACGCGCACAAGGGGGGUGGGGGGUCUGCGAGGGAAGGUGGGGAGGAUGGGGGGAGGCACUCCGCCCCCUUCCCCUCGCCUGCCCAUGCUGAUCGGCAUGGUUCUUCUGGUGCUGCUGGUGCUGGUGCUGGUGGUGCUGCUGGUGGUGGUGCUGCUGGUGGGGGUGAUGGGACGGGGUCGUUGGCUGGUGAUUCGGUUUCUGCGACUGGCAGUGGGACAGGGAACAGUUUUCACAGGAGUGGGAGUGGGGGCGGCGGGGGGAGUGGGAGGGGGAAGGGGAGGGAGAGGGAGGGGAGGCUGAUGAGGAGGCCCACUAAAUGGGUGGGGGCGGACAAGGCAGCGGUGGGGCUGCGGCAGGUGGUGCAGGUGCUGGCUAGAGCAGGCCACUUCGACCGCUGCUUUGACAUUUACAGGUCGGUGCGGGAGGACUGUGUGCGGGAGACGAUAAAGGCGUUGGAGGUGGAGCCUAUAAGGGGUACGGCGCAUGUGAACCAGCUGCCGUGGCAGCAGCUGCAGCACACCAUGACCGACUGGCUCAGGGACUGUCGCCUGCUGCUGCGCACAAUAAUGGAGGAGGAAUUCUCCCUUGCCACUUCCAUCUUCGGCAUACUCCACUCCACCGCACAGCACCGCACUGCCAGCCGCCGGGAACCCUCUCAACUCCUGCAAACCCCUUCCUCCACCUCCUCCUCCACCACAGCCACCAGCACCACCCUAUCCAACCCUCGCCUCCCUAGCCACCGAUCCUCCAGCAUCCGAACCACAGCCAGCAAGUCCGGGAGGUCCGGGAGCACCCGGACCUUGAGGCUGGGUGACGAGGCUGCGGCAGACUCGGGGAGGGCGAUCUCCCUCAAGAUAUUGCGGCAGGCGGGGAUGCCAAGGACGCUGUCGACGCUGAUGCACAACGCCAACACGCUCACGGCUGCCCAGGCCACGCCUGAGCGGCUCUUCCUGCUGCUCGACAUGGCUGCUGCUGUGGAUGAGCUCAUGCCGCAGGUGGAGCGGCUGGUGUGCUGGUCGGACAGCGAGGGGCUGCUGGCGGAGUGGCGGGGGCUGACGCGGGGUGUGGCCAAGGCGGUGCUGGGCACGUUUGAUGCUCUCACCGCCACGCUGCAGGUGCCCGUGGAGCAGCCAAGACGGAACAAGUGGCGGUUGUUCCGAGGGGAGGGCAGCAGCAGUGGCAAGGAGGGCGGGGGAGGGGGCGGGUACCCACCGGGGUGGGGCGUGGAGAAGAGUGGGGGCGUGCAUGCGGUCACCAGCUAUGUCAUCAACUACAUUGCCACCUACCUGGGCAGGAGUGCCACGUCAUCACGGGCGUAUGGGUACGGUACGAUGCUGGAGAAGCUGCUGGAGACGCAUGGGCAGGGGCGGAGCAUGGAGGAGGAAACCAUGAAGGUGGUUGAUGCGUUGGUGCGAAACAUGGAGGCAAGGGCGUCUACCUGCAACAACCCGCUGCUCAAGUCCCUCUUCCUCGUGAACAACGUCCUCUACAUCAACCGGUUGAGUGAGAAGAUUCACCUGCCCCUGGAGAAUCAGAAGCUGCUGGAGGCCCAAUCAAAGGCCUUCAGGGAGGCUGGGUUGCAGAAGGUGACGGCAUCGUUGGGCGGGCGAGGAAGGAGUGCCACCAUGGAACCCAGUGAAGUCAACCGUCGUCUGCACCGGUUCAACAUCGCGUUUGAGGACCUGGCGUUGGAGCAGAAGGACUGGGUGAUCUGCGACGGUGCGUGGCGCAAGACCACCGUGCACGAAUGGGCGGCGCACCUCAAGCACAUCUACGAGGAGUUUCUUGAACCUCACAGUGAGUGCCUGCACACACUCUCCUCCUACCACUGGGAGGCAGACGCCAUGGAACGGCUCUUUAACGAUCAUCUCCUGUUCCUUCCCGAUUCUUGUAUUCGUUUCGUCUCAUUCUAUCCCUCACGUCAUCUCCGCCCUUUUCCCCGAUUCCCCUUCUCUCGGCGGAUACCUACUCCUUUGCAAACCGCGGCUCUGGCGCGCGCAGGGUCGUACCGCACCGAGGGUAAGACGGUGGUGGUGGGCGCAAAGUGGAGGGUGAGUCCGUGGCGGUACAACGUCCUUUACUGGAAGCAACCCACCGUCCGCGCUGGAGACGUCCUCGUGUUCCGAUGGCGGUUCCUGCCGAAAGACGUCUGGCUGAUGCACACAAGGGCCGCCUACACUAACUGUGAUUUCUCUGCCGGAAGCGCCACCAGGAAGACUGGGAUCUCUUUCACCGGGACAUACAAUUACAAGGUGCCAAGUUCAGCAGCAGGGACCACCUUAUACUUUGGCAGCAGUGUGCUAUGGCAGUGCACAAUAGGGAAGCUGAAGGUGGCUAUUAGAAUUGUUUCCCCUGACGUACAAUCCAAGUUGGCCGCCGUGUCGCUGCAGGGUAAGACGGUGGUGGUGGGCGGAAAGUGGAGGGCGAGUCCGUGGCGGUUCAACGUUCUCUACUGGAAGCAACCCACCGUCCGCCCUGGAGACGUCCUCGUGUUCCGAUGGCGGUUUGUGCCGCAUGACGUGUGGCUGAUGAACUCAAGGAAAGCCUACGUCAACUGCGAUUUCUCUGCCGGCAGCGCCACCAGGAAGACUGGGAUCUCUUUCACUGGGAAAUACAGGUACAAAGUGCCAAGUUCAGCAGCAGGAACCACAUUAUACUUUGGCAGCAGUGUGCUAUGGCAGUGCGCUGCAUGGAAGAUCAAGCCCUCCUACUCCCCCCUUCGCCCUGUUCUAGCUCGCAUUCAAUCCGCUCUCCGUACCCUCUCUUUCGCGUCAUCCCCCUACCUUUUCCGCAAAUCCCCGUGUUCCCCGAAUAUCCUGCUCUUUCCGCAACUACUUCUGGCGACCGACUUGCGCUCAGGCUUCUACGUCACGGUAGCUGAGGGCAAGAAGGUGGUGGUGGGCGGAAAGCGGAAGGCGAGUCCGUGGCAGUACAACGUCAUCAACUGGAAACAACCCACCGUCAAAGCUGGAGACGUCCUCGUGUUUCGGUGGCGGUUCCUGCCGCACGACGUGUGGGUGAUGAACUCUGAGACCGCCUACACCAACUGCGACUUCUCCGCUGGUAGUUCCACCAAGAAAACGGGCAUCUCCGUGACCGGCAAAUACAAGUUCACAGUGCCAAGUUCAGCAGCAGGAACCACAUUAUACUUUGGCUGCAGUGUACCAGGCCAUUGCCUUGCAGGGAAGAUGAAGGCGGCUAUUAGAAUUAGUACCGCCACUGCCCCCACCACUGCAACCGCCACCACCGCUGCCCCCAGCCAGCCUUGCAUCUCGCCACACGCUUGCCAUCCCAUCCGCCACACGCUUGCCAUCCGCCACACGCUUGCCAUCCGCCACACGCUUGCCAUCCGCCACACGUCACCCUUUUUCACUCUUACCUUUGGCUUCUCCGUCAGCCAUGUUGCAUCCAUUCGCUUCUUGCACCUCCUUUCCCCCCUACUUGCGUCUCUCCCCGAAUACUCCCCACCACUCUAUCUCCCUCCCCACCACCCCCUGUUCCGUUCUCCCAUCCCCUCUCGCCAAUCUUCUUCCUCCAUGAGCACAGGCCAAGACAUCCCCUCUGCCUACCUCUUCGCUCUCCCCUCCUUGUGCCUCUUCCUCCUCCCCUCCUCGUUCGCCCCUCCCUCCCCACUGAGCAUUGUUCCCCUGGCGCAUGGCAUGUUCCGGUGGCGCAUGGCAGCGCAUGACGUGUGGCGUCUCAGGGACCUGGCAGCCUACACCAACUGCACCUUCGCCACGGGCAAGAGGCUCAAGCACGUGCACAUCUCCGAGCGCUACAAGUACAAGGUGCCACGGACAGCAGCGGGCACAACUCUCUUCUUCGCCUGCAGCGUGGACGCUCACUGCAGCGCCUACCACAUGAAGACAGCAAUCCCCAUCUCGCCCUAG